AUGUUCGCCGCUCGCUCUGCCCCUCGUAUCCUCAAUGGCGCUCGCGCCUUCUCGACCUCGCCCGCCCACUCGCUGGCUAAGAUGCAACUCAUUGGCCGUCUCGCCGACCAACCCGAGCUCACCCCCACAUCUACCGGCCGCGAGAUGGUGCGGUACGCUCUUGGUGUCAAGGCUGGUCCUAAGAAUGAGAAUGGAGAAAGACAGACCAGCUGGUUCAGAGUCGCCAGUUUCAGCGACGGUCCCGGAAGAGACCUCCUCUUGAGUCUGCCCAAGGGUACUCUCAUGUACCUCGAAGCCGAUGCUCGUAUGGAUACGUUCCAAGGUCAGGACGGCAACAACCAGACGCGCCUCAACCUUAUCCAGCGCAACUUCGAGACUCUCAGCCGCCCCCAGAACCGCCAGAAUGACGCUGAGUCCGACAGAAGUGCUGCCGAGGAGCCUUCCAGCGGUAUUGGCGCCUCCUAG